AUGCGUAAAAAUCCAUUUUCAAUAUAUUUAAUUGCAUUUAAUAUUUCAAAUCUUUGUUAUAUUUGGUUAAGUUUAUUUCCAUUAUUUUUCAAUCAAAUUUUGAAUAUUAAUCCAACAACUUAUAAUCUUUCUUAUUGUCGUUUUUAUUAUUAUUUAUCAUAUAUAUUAAAUAUGCUUUGUCCAUCUUUUCUUAUUCUUGCAUCAAUUGAUCGAGUUUUAAUAAGUUCACCAAAUGCAUUGACUCGACAGAAAAGUACACGUCGUUUAGCUUUUAUUUUAUUAAUUCUCGUAACAUUUCUAUGGUUUAUAUAUUAUUGUCAGUAUUUAUUUCGUAUCAAUAUGAAUAUAUUAGUUGGUCCAAUUCCUAUAUGUUAUUUCGAUCUGGGUGAUUAUUCAUUGUAUGUUAAUUAUUCAGCUAUUGUCUUAGGUUUAAUUCCACCUAUUUUAUUGAGUAUUUGUGCUCUAAAGACAUUUCAAAAUUUACAUAGAGAUCGUUUCUUGGAAGGUAAUGAAAAUCAAAACAGACAAAUAACACAAAAUAAUCGUCAGUUAAUUCGUAUGUUAUUUGUUGAGAUUUUAAUUGAUGUUGUCUGUACAAUAAUUCAACCCAUAGUUUUAUCCUAUCUAUUUACUACUAUCUAUGUUGUGAAGAGUUCUCAGCAGAGAAAUAUUGAGAGUUUUAUUUUAAAUGUAAGCAAUUUUUUGAGUUAUGUGCCGAAUUGUACAAGUUUCUAUUGUAAUAUCAGUUGCUCGAAGAAAUUUCGUAAGCGCUUGAUGACAACUUUUCGUAAAACGAAUGAAGUUCGCACUUUACAAGAGAAUUAA